AUGUGGAGGCAUCAAGAAACUGCAACUAAAGCCAUGCCUCACUCAACCACAACCAGCUUUCGUUUCUCUACGUUGGCUGAGAAACAAAAAAAGAACCAGCAGGCCAAUCAUCAAGCUCCUUCUACUUUGGAGGUCUUACAUGAGAGGAUAAGUUAUGGAGAUCUUCGAAAUGCAACAGAUGGCUUCUCUUCGAGCAAUUUGAUUGGAACAGGCAGUUUUGGUACUGUGUUUAAAGCAUUACUACCAGCGGAGAAUAAGGUGGUUGCAGUGAAAGUUCUAAACAUGCAGAGACGUGGAGCCAUGAGGAGCUUUAUGGCAGAAUGUGAAUCCUUGAAGGACAUAAGGCAUCGUAAUCUUGUGAAGCUAUUGACGGCUUGCUCGAGUACUGAUUUCCAAGGAAAUGAAUUCAGAGCUCUCAUCUACGAGUUCAUGCCUAAUGGAAGCUUGGAUGUUUGGCUUCACCCGGAGGAAGUUGAAGAGAUUCAUAGGCCUUCAAGAACUUUAACUCUUUUUGAAAGACUCAACAUUGCAAUAGAUGUGGCUUCUGUCCUGGACUAUCUGCAUGUUCAUUGUCAUGAUCCUAUAGCUCAUUGCGAUCUUAAGCCAAGCAAUGUCCUCUUAGACGAUGACCUAACUGCCCAUGUUAGCGACUUUGGUCUGGCUCGGCUUCUCCUCAAAUUCGACAAAGAAGUCCUUCCUCAACCAACUAAGCUCAGGUGGCGUCAGAGGAACCAUUGGCUAUGCUGCACCAGAAUAUGGAAUGGGAGGGCAACCAUCAAUACAUGGCGAUCUACACCAAGUCGGCAUUGCCAGAGCGAGUGUUGGACAUUGCAGACAACGAUUCUUCACACCGGUCUCAGAGUCGGUUUCCCUAUUGCUGAGUGCUUGACACUGAUUUUGGAGAUGGGACUUAGGUGUUGUGAAGAAUCUCCGAGGAACCGGUUGGGAACAAGUGAAGCCACAAAAGAGUUAAUCUCAAUCAGAGAGAGAUCUGUUCAAAGUGAUAAUUUUUCUUCUCGGAUCAUCUUCUACAACUGUAACCAUCUCUUCUUAGAGCUUACGAUUUUCGAAAUCGCAGCCUUUUCCGGCUUCAUCAGCAAACGAAAAAGGAAGACCUCAUGCCAGACUGGUCUCAGCUCCCUGAAGAGCUACUACAAGUUAUCGCCGAGAAUCUGGAGAACUGUUUCGAUGUUGUUCAUGUUCGCUCUGUUUGCAGCUCUUGUAUCUCCAAAAGCUAAGAGUAAUGAAAAGAGAAGUUAUUAUGAUGAGCUCUACAAGACAACCUGUGCAGAAUAUUGGGUCAGGAAUCACUCAAACCCUUUAUGCAACUGGAAAUGGGUUACAUGUGGCCGCAAACACAAGAGAGUCACUCGUUUGGACCUCGGAGAUUUGCAAUUAGGCGGGGUGAUAUCACCAUAUAUUGGUAAUCUUUCGUUUCUCGUAUCACUUGGUCUCUCUAAUAACUCUUUUGGUGGUACCAUCCCUCAAGAGCUGGGAAACUUGUUUAGACUGGAAUAUUUGAAUAUGUUCUUGAAUUUUCUCGGUGGAACGAUUCCAGCCCGUCUGUCUAACUGCUCUAGAUUGUUGAUGCUAAGUGUAGAGUCAAAUCAUCUUGGAGAAGGUAUUCCUUCAGAACUCUGGUCAUCGACAAAGCUUGUCGAGUUAUAUCUUGGUCGAAACAAUCUGAAAGGGAAGCUCCCUGCAUCUCUUGGAAACUUGACAUCACUCACGAUGGUUAGGUUUGGAGAAAACAAUUUCGAAGGAGGAAUCCGGAAAUAG